GUUGUAUAUUAGCUUAAACUGCUCCAAUAUAAUUUCAUUUCUAUUUCAAAGUUGCUUAAGCUUUUAACAUAUUCGUAGUGGACUGGAAAUAUGGUCAUUAAAUUAUUUGGAUUCAUUUUAGUUAUUUUUGUGUUUCAGGUCUUCGGAAAUUCAUCACCAGUAAAGAUAUGUUUAGAAAACGAGGGCCUUACGGAAGAAGAGGCAGAAAAGCUUUUUAAUCAAAGAACUUCAAAUGAUAUUGCUCCAAAGCUGAAAUGUUUUGCAACAUGUAUUGUGGAAUCUAUGAAUUUACUUGAUGGUUGUAAUUUGAGGUAUGAAGAAGUUAAGCAAAACUGGACCAUGGAACGAAAAUUUGCUAUGAUCGUGGCUUUAGAUGAGUGUAAGGAUAGUGUUCAAGGCAAUGAGCGUUGUGAAUGUGGAUAUCAAGUUUUUAGUUGUUUGGAUGACUACCAUAAAAAAUAUAUAAAUCAAUAAAUCACGUGCACAAGUCGCAAAGGGCUAAAAACAUAAA